UCUGGCCGGCUCCGCUUGGAGAAGUUGCUGCCUCAGGGAUUGCGGGCAGGGCAGGGGGGAGGCAGGGACCCGACGUGCAUUUCUCAGCGAACAGCAGAGGAGCGCCCCAAGUUUCGCCUCACGGGAGGCGCCGGGGAACUUCUGCAGAAGGGCUGCCGCUGUCCUCGCAUCCGGCGUGCUAGAGCAGGCAUCGCACUACCUGCACCACACACACACACACUGAGUGCAGACUCAGCAUCCUACCCGCACAACACACACACUGAGUGCAGACUCAGCAUCCUACCCGCACAACACACACACUGAGUGCAGACUCAGCAUCCUACCCGCACAACACACACACUAACUGCAAAGCAGGUCUUUUACUUGCACAACACAGAGUGCAGACCCAGCAUCCUACCGGCACAACACACACACUGACUGCAGAGCAGGUAUUGUGCCUGCAUAACACACACACACACUGAGGAGCGCAGAGCAGGUAUUGUACCUGCACAACACACACUCAGAGGAGCGCAGAGCUGUCAUUAUACCUACACAACACACACACACUCUGAGGAGUGCAGAACAGGCAUUGCAGCCUCACCACACACACACGGGACUCAUGAGGGCUGAGCAGGAAUUUUACUUGUCGAACAUACACAAUAAGGUUAUGCAACACAGAUCUUUGAAGCUACCUUUAUGUAGAUGAAACUUUCAGAAGCAGCACUCCAUUUUGGAACCUACCUUUUUUGAGAGCAUAUUGGACUUUCCAAGGCACCUUCUGUCUGGGCUACAUAUAUUGCUUACUCCUAAGUACAUCAGAGGACAAUGAGGUCUUUUUAUUUUUUGUGUAUUUUCACACUAUAUAGUGAAGUUUCUUCCAUCUCAUUUUGUUCAAUGGGAAAAACUUGAGCAAGACUUGCGGUUGCUUUUUAUUUUACUAGAUUUCCCUUAAGGAGCCAAGUCUUUAUGAAACAUGUCCACCAUAGCUUUAUUUGUAUUUUUUUCAUUUGUGACUGAGACAGUAUAUUAAUUUCAGCAUAUUUUAGCUGUUUUGGUUUGAACCUGGCUUUCUGAAUUACAGCAUAUAUCAUAAUGCAAGGAAUUAAAUUAUUUCAAGUUUUCAGAAAAUAAUUUGUAUGUAUCAGAAAUAUUUUAUGGCUAUUCAUGGCUCAUUAAUAUAGCAGUUUAACGGUACUAAUAUGAGGCAUUGCAUUAAUUGUUGCAUACAGUUAUUACCAAAUGACUUGCACAAACAGUGUUUCAGAUGCCGUGGGUCUAAUCAUAUUAACCAGAAGUGUCCUGUGUGCAAACAAGGAAAUAUAAUUCCUUUGUAUGUGGAUAGUAAGCAGAUGAACUUGCUAGCGGUUUUGGAAGUAAGGACUGAUCAUAAUGAAAGCUGGAAUGGAUUUUUUUGCUUGAGGAAAGGGAAGCUAUGCAGCUUGAUAUUUGGGUUGAUAAUAAUGACUUUAGUGAUGGCAUCAUACAUACUGACUGGAGCCAAACAUGGCCUAUUACUAAUACCUUCGCCAUUCCAUUAUGGAGCUUUUACUGGCAACCCAAACUUAAUGGACAAUGAAAGCCUUAGUGAGACGAAAGACCAUUACCAGUCUUCUAAAAUUAAUAUUUCAUAUGUAAGGGAUUAUCCAAGCAUUAAAUUAAUUAUUGACACUAUUACUUCAAAGAUUGAGUUUAUAAACAGACAACGUCCAGAUUUAGAAGAUCUGAAGAAACAAGAACUGCAUAUGUUUUCUAUAAUUCCUAAUAAAUUCCUUCCAAAUAGCAAGAAUCCUUGUUGGUAUGAAGAAUAUAGAGGAAAUACUACAACAGAUCCUUACACAACAAACUCAUAUGCACUGUAUUCAAAGCGUUUUCGGACCAUAUUUGAUUACCUCAGAAAAGUAUUUUGGAACCACUUGUAUCAUUAUAAGGAUAAGCACUAUCGGCUGCGCUGUCUUCCUCAUUUCUACAUAAUAGGCCAGCCAAAAUGUGGAACGACCGAUCUUUAUGACAGGCUCAGGUUACACCCAGAUGUUAGAUUCUCAGCAAUUAAAGAACCACACUGGUGGACAAGGAAGCGAUUUGGAAUAAUUCGUCUGAGGGAUGGAUUUCAUGAUCGCUACCCAGUGGAAGAUUACCUUGAUCUGUUUGACUUGGCUGCAUAUCAGAUUCAGGGUGUGUUACAGAGUGAUGUAACAAAAGGGCGCAGCAAGAUGAACCACAUCAUCGUUGGAGAGGCCAGUGCUUCUACAAUGUGGGAUAACAAUGCCUGGGUUUUCUUCUAUGACAACAGUACUGAUGGAGAACCUCCAUUUUUAAUCCAGGAUUUCAUCCAUGCUUUCCAGCCCCAUGCCAAACUUAUCGUCAUGCUGAGGGAUCCUGUUGAAAGAUUGUAUUCAGAUUAUCUGUACUUUGCAAGUGCGAAUAAAUCCGCCGAAGACUUUCAUGAAAAAGUGGCAGAAUCCCUGCAGCUGUUUGAAAAUUGCAUGCUGGAUUACUCACUGAGAGCCUGUGUCUACAACAACACCCUUAACAAUGCCAUGCCUGUGAGGCUACAGGUUGGCCUUUAUGUUGUGUAUCUUUUGGACUGGCUGACUGUUUUCGACAAGGGUCAGAUACUAGUUCUCCGCUUAGAGGAUCAUGCAUCCAAUGUUAAAUACACCAUGCAUAUGGUGUUCCAGUUUCUGGAUUUAGGGCCUAUAAGUGAGAAACAAGAAGCUCUAAUUACAAAGAGUCCUGCAUCAAACACUAGACGUCCUGAAGACCGAAAUCUGGGACCCAUGUUACCAACGACAAAGGCAAUUCUAAGAGACUUCUAUAGGCCUUUUAAUACAAAACUGGCGCAAGUUCUUUUUGAUGAUGCUUUUUUAUGGAAAAAGACAUAAUAUGUAAAUUCACUUCCACAAAUACACUACUUUAAGGAGUU